AUGACGCAUGCGUAUGAAAGUAUGCUGGAAACAUAGUUCGGGCCCUCCCGGGAUUGCGUUGUGAUUUUGUGCGGUUAACAAAUUUUUAAGCUGUGUUUUGGCUGUAAAGCCUUUUAUAGUUUAUAAUAUGGCUAAACAGGAACAAAUAUUAAUUAUAGAUCCCCUACACGAACUGAAAUUCCGAGGACCAUUUACCGUCCCAGUAACAUCCUACAUGAGAUUGACAAACCCAUCCAACAACAGGGUUUGUUUCAAAAUCAAAACUACAGCUCCGAAAAAGUAUUGCGUAAGGCCAAACUCUGGCCUUCUGAAUCCUAAGGAUGUGAUGGAAAUAGCUGUAAGUUUGCAGCCAUUUGAGUUUGAUCCAACUGAAAAGAACAAACACAAGUUCAUGGUUCAGACGUUGAUCGCACCCGAAGGGGAAGUAAACUUGGAGGCUUUGUGGAAAGGUCCUCCAGAGACCUUAAUGGACUCAAAACUGAAGUGUGUAUUUGAGAUGCCAGUGGAGGAGAACACCGUGAGUGCUACAAGCCAGGAGACAAGCAACGCUGUAGAGGACAAGACAAAACGUGUUGGGGACUCACCAAGUGUUGCCCAUGAUGGAGAUUUGGUGAAAGCUGCCAAAGAGGUGAAACAUCUCAGGGAAGAGGAGAGUUCUUUGAGGCAAGAGAAUCUCCAACUUAAGGAACAACUCAUGAGACUGCGUUUGAAUCACCAACUGAGCAGCCCACCCCCUGCCCCCUCCUCCCCUUCCCUGGCUAUUGCCCCUGCUCAGGGCUUUUCCCCACUCCUGAUCAUCACAGCCAUAGCCAUGGCUAUUGUCGGCAUUAUUCUCGGCAAGUACAUACUCUGAACCACCUCCCCACUUCUCACUUUCUCGUGUAAAGUAGACGACACAAGCUUCCCCACGUUCUCUUUGACUUCUUUUAAAUUGGUUCUCGUGUAUAAACAAACUGACGUUCGGUCCAGAGGCCACAAGUGACAGAAUGCAAAUUAGGCUUAAUCGUGUUCUUCAGGCUUAUUUUGUGUUUGUACAUAAUUCUUGUAAUGUGUUGUAAAUGGAAAGUUAAGGGUUCGGUCUAGUUUAUUGUUAAAAAUUUCUAGUUUAUAACUUCUGCAUUAUUUUAAGUCUAUUGGCACUGUAAGAUUAUUAUUGAGAUUGUUUUGUGUUUUAUUUAUAACUCUAAAGAUUCAACUUGAGGUACUACUAUACAUCGAGCUAUUACUGUAAUGCAAUUUAAAUUUUUCUUGUUUUUUCUAUUUUUAAUCUGUUUUGUGUUGAAUGAAGUUUUUGUUAACGACAUGGUAUUAUUACUAUUAUUAUUGUCCAUGAUAUGUUGUUUUAAUAGUUUAAAUGAUACCCGAGGCCUAACAUAAUCUCUGCAUUUAAGUAAUUUCUUGUUUCUGAAAUUUUGUUUACAAACAAAACGGAAGCAAAAGCAUUUCCAUGUAGUGAGAUUGCAUAAGAUAUUUGAUAGCAUAAAAAUUAUUGGUUACACUGUUUGCAAAAAAAAUAUUCGUCAGCUCUUAUAUAAUGUUCCUUAUGUAAAAUGAAAAUUUGUUUUAUCAAAUGUAUACAUACAUUGAAUACAUUACAGUACAGAUGUAA